UAUUUCCUAUAAUAAUACUAUAUAUGCGAGAGGACCAUAUGAUACAGUCAUAUAUAGAUACAUAUAUCACUAUAUUGCUAGUAAACAUGGCGGCUAGAGCCGGGGUUUAUUUGCUGGUCUUCAUGAGUCUUGUCACUGCAGAAUCCUCUAUAACCCCGUCAGAGUUCAUCAGGUCCUCAUGCAGAGCUACUCGCUAUCCUGUUUUAUGUGUUCAAUGUCUCAUGGGGUAUGCGAGUGUGAUUGGCCAAAGCGAGCGACAACUAACGAUAACUGCUCUAUCAGUGAGCAUAUCUAGGACACGAUCGAGUGCAUCGUUUGUAAAGAAGAUAUCAAAAGCAAGAGGCAUCAAGCCAAGGGAGUACAGAGCCGUACAAGACUGCAUAGAAAACAUGGGUGACAGUUUGGACAGUCUUAGCCAAUCGGUUAGGGAGUUAGGCAGUAUUGGUCAUGCUGUUGGAGAGGACUUUGUGUGGCACAUGACCAACGUGCAGACUUGGGUCAGUGCUGCACUUACUGAUGAUAACACUUGUCUUGAUGGCUUUGCUGGUCCUUCCAUGAAUGGAAUUGUUAAGGCUGCCAUCAAGGACAGGGUUGUCAAUGUUGCUCAAGUUACCAGCAACACACUCGCUUUGGUUAAUCGCUUUGCCUCAAGCCAUCGAACUGCAGAAACUCCUUAAAUCGUUCUGUUGUACUUGUUCAACUGUUUUGUCAAUGUUUUCCCUCAACUGAUGAAAAGUCUCUCUUCUCAAAAUCUAGAUUCAGUCUUGUGUGGUUCUUUUUGAUGCAUGAUGUAUACAAAAAUCAUAUUCUGAGGGUAUUUGUGUAAUAUAGGUGUUUCUUAUGGUGUAUUGAAACAGGUUUCUGUAUUGAAGAAUGUGAAAUUACUGUUUAGAAUUCAUCAAUCUAGUUUCAGUGAACGAGUUUAUGAAUCUUUUGAUUUCAGGAUAA